AUGCAGGCUCGCUUCCUCCGGGUGGUGCAUCUCGUUGCUCUGCCCUUUGCCUCGUUUGUCCCGUCACAACCGCCGGUCGACGUCACCGCUCUCGGUGCAGCCGUCCUUGCUGCCAACGGAGGCGCUCCAGGCUCGCCUGUCGUCAUCACUACGACCCCGUACUUUGCCGACGGCACUGACCCAACAACUUCGACUGAUCCUCCCAUCGCUGGAGCCGCUACCACGCUCACAGUCACUCCGCGCGACGUCGAGGUCACCGCACGGCUCUCUGCUGCCUCUUGGACUCUCGGUCCAUCUGCGCCGCAGACCUACACCGUCGCUGUAGACGUGCCCGAUGGUGUUGUCACAGGCUCACUCAACAUCACAAUACCGCUCCCGGCAGGUCUAGUUCUCACUGGCCCGCCCACUGCCUCGGCGGGCGUGGUCACGUCGGCGCCGACCGUCUCAGGCGUACCUCUCGACGGCACUCACGUCGCCAUCAUUGUCGAGGCUGGCAAUAUCGUCGGCACCCCUGGCGGUCCAGAAUUCACGCUCAUCGUUCCAUUUGCCGUCGACUGCAUUGACGGCUCCGGUCUGCCUUGGCUUGACCCUGAGAGCUCGGUCGAUGCAGCGUCGAUUGUCUUCCCAGACCCGCGUGCAGAUCUCGCGUCGUCGAGCUCAAUUGUGGCUGCCGGUCCGUCGGCUACGCUCGAGUCGCUCAUCCUCCGUGCGCCAACACCAGCCAUCAGCACUGACGUUGGUGCUACAGGCGUCACACCCGGCGAUAUUCUCGCCUCGGUCUUCACCUUUGACGUCUCGGACUGCGUUGCUCUCGAGCUUGACAUCGACGCCACCAUUGCCGACGGCGUCAGCUAUGUCCCUUCGCCGCCGCCGACGCUCUCUCUUGACGGCGGCGCCACAACAUCGCCGCUUGCAUCCGGGCCCAAUGGCCUCUCAGUCGACAUCUCUCGCAUUGGCAACGACGCCAAUCCAGCAACCGAUGGCACGACUAGCUUCGCGUACAACCUCACCGACGCUCUCGCUGUGCUAGGCGCGUCGUCUGCCGGUUUCAUCCCGGGGCCGGUCACUGGCGGUUCCCUUGUCACCUCGGUUCAGGUGGCCACCACGUACACAGAUUCUCCCGUCUCCGGCGGCCGCCUUGCCCCGGGUGACACGCUCACUCUCGCCUCGACAGCUGUUUUCCGCAUUGUCAACGCUUCCACUGGUGCCCCGCGCUCGCCGUGGCUUCCGGGUGGCAAUCCAGGGUGGACGACUUCGGUGCGAACAACAGCCAUCUCCGAAACCGCGCUGUACGCGGCCAACGAUGUUGUUUGUUACCCGUGCACCUCGCUCUCGACGCUCGCCCCAGGCUCAAACAUCACGUUUUCGAUGCGCUACACAGUGCCGAUGGGGGUCUCGCCGUCGCUCGACUUGGUGGCUUACCUGCCGACUCCAGUGUUUGACACGUCGGUGCUGGCAAGCUCGCCGUACCUCGCAUCAGCCGUGCCGUCGGCCCUCCCGCCCCCGCUUGGAGGCUUCCAGCUCGGCCCGUUUGACUCGAUGUACAACGGCGGCAUAGGCGCCGACGCCGUGCCCAACGUCACCGUGGAUGCGUCCAACGUCGUCACUUUUUCAUUCCCUUACAUGGAGCUCAACACAACCGGCGAGUACGAGAUCAACGUCCUGGUUACCGUUGCCGUUGGCACGACCCCACUGCCGGAUCUUUCUCCAUUCCUCAUUGUGACCCAGUCGUCGUCAGGAGCCUCAUUCUCGUCGACAGACCUCUCCGUGCGGUUUGGUGAGCCAGAGCUUGUCCUCCACAAGGGCAUCCUUGGUGUUGAUGAUGGCACGCCGAUCAAGGCAGCUCACUUUGCUGGCGCCGUGCCGGCAACGCCGGGUUUGCCCAGCCCUGACCCGGCCACAGUGCGCGCGGCUGCAGCCAAUCCGAGCAAUGCAUGCUCUCUGCUCUCUGCGGGCAUGGCCGUCACUUCAGGUGACGUUGCGGCGAGCCCGCUCGACACCGCUGGCCUUGUGGAUCUCGACGCCGGUGAUCUUGUUGUCUUUGCCAUUGUUGUCGAGAACGUCGGCCACGCACACGCCUACGACGUCCGGUUGAGUGACGGGCUCCCGGCCGAUUUUGAGCUGGUCGCCGAGUGCGUGCUUGCAUCCGACGGCUCCGCCUUCCCACACACCGGCUCACUGUUUGGGCCGAGUGGCAUCGAGCUGGCCGACUCGAUCACCGCCGGGGCGCUCCGCCAGGGUCGGGACCUCAACUCGACGCUUGCGACCGACGGGUCCAACAUCGCGGUUGCGCUCGUGGUAGCACGCGCCAGCAACACCACAUGUCCAGGAGAUGCUCCCCAACCCGGUGCGGCGGCUGCGGUCACGCGCUACUCAAACAGCGAGGGUGGCGGCAAUUUUAUCGGCAAUGUUGUGUCCUCGCUCUCUGCAUCAAGUGGUCCACUCGCGCUCCGCACCCCAACCGCAGUCAUCGCGCUUGUGUCGACCUCGCUGCCCGAAACAAGUGGGCUAGAGGUUACCGCUGGCGAGAUGGUGAUCGUUGAGCUCGUACUUAGCCCGUUUGAGGGCACGCUUCCGGCCAUGGUCAGCUACUUUACCGGGGGUGGGUCGGCCAACUCGGUUGUCGAGUCGGCUUCACUGCUGGCAGGCCCGGGUCUCGAUCACAUGGGCCUCACUCCCGCCACAGCAGCUGGUGCUCUCGCGGGCAACCAGUUUGGGCCAGUCGAGCUGUUCAACCGUGGUGACAACGUGCUCAAUGGAUCGGAUGUUGUGGCAUUGUCAGCGCAGCUCCGUGUGGUGUCGAGCUUGACCACGGCCACGUUUGCCAUCACUGGCGUUUUUGACUACAAGCCUAGCUUGGCAGGGCCAGCAACCGAUGGUAUUGUGUUCACCGUAGUCGCGCCAUCAUUGACGGUUGCACUCGAUGUGCCGAGCGGAUUCGUCGAUGCCAACGACGUGAUUCCGGUUGUGGUCACCAUCGACGAUGCGGUAGCAUCGAGUGGACCAGCCUACGAAACUUUGGUGACUGUUACCGUUGAUGCCAAGCUCGCGCUCAACUCGCUGCUUGGCGGAUGGCCGGCGGCCAACGUUACUCUGGUCUCGCCGCAGAUCGCUCUGGUUGCACUCGGAACGCGUUUGCCGUCGGACCCGCCAGUUGUGUUGACGCUCAAUGCUACCGUGGCAAACAACGUGAACGCCACGGAGGCGCUCGCGCUCUCCGUCCAACUUGACUAUCUUUCCGCGCCAAACGCGUCUGUGGCUACACCUUAUUUGGCGACGGCGACUGGAAUGCUGACCGUCGGACAGCCAGAGGCUGUGUCAAUCGUCUACGACGGCUCUUCUGAGGCGACGACCGUUCCGCCUGCGACUGCCAUCGGUGAGACUGUGGCGUUUUCUGGUCUGAUUCGUGUGCACGAGGGUGUGACAUCGUCGAUGAGUCUUGUGGUCUCUAGCACGUGCAUCACUACCAUCGACACAGCUGCUGUUUGGUUCGACGAGACUGUAUUGUCUGCUAGCGAUGCUGUGUCAGGCACGCUUGCCUCUGCCGGAUCCAUUUUCCUUGGCGACGUGACCAACACCGCGGACAAUGCCGUAGACACACGUGACGAGCUCGUAAUCAACGGGACGCUACAUCUGGUGGACGCUGGAGGCAACACCAACAAUGACGCUUGCGACGUCGUUGCAACUGCGUCUUGGGUGCCUGACUCGGGUGUGCCAUCCAGCUCUGUGGCUUUAUUCGCCGUCGAUGUGGUGGAGCCCAUACUGGCGGCAUCGCUGACGAUGUCCCCGAGUACAGGUGAUGCCGGUAACUGGGUGACUGUCAGUGCCUCGGUUGCUCACGUUGGCGGCUCGCGGUCGUCGGCGCACAAUCUCACCUUGGUGGUUGCAUUGCCGCAUCAGCUUGAGCUGGUGCCCAGAAGCGCGGUGGUGUCGGCCCCAGGCGCUCCAGAUGUUCAAGUUGUCUUUUUCAAUGCCACGCAUGUUGUGGCCGAGGUGGGGCGGCUAGAUGGGCCGCCAGCGGCAGCAGCCAGUCUUCUCUUCAUGUCGGUGAUCACCAAUUCGUCGCUGCCUGCAUCUGUUGGGACGGCCACCGUUGCAGCCACUUAUCAUUCCGUGUCGCAUGCUUCCACAAGGCGUCGCUACGAGGCGGUAGACUCUGCCGUGCUGUCUGUCGUUUCGCCGACUGAUGCGCGGAUGGCCACAUUGUCGACAUCUCUCACCGAAACAGGACUUUCGCAGCACGACAUGACCAACUGGGAUCUUGCUGUUGGCGAGACAGCCGACGUCAACACGACCGUGGUGCUGUCUGAGGGCACGAUGCCACUCACGGUCUCGGUCGACUUUGGUCUUGCCGCUGGUCGCGUCGAGAUCGUCCACACCGAGGUUAUUGCGCUCGGGGCUUCGAUCUCAGGCUCGGCGCUCAGUCUGGGUGCAGCAGCCUCGGCAACCACAACCGACACGGCGACAUACGCGUUUGGCACCAUCACCAAUACCGGCGACAACGUCCUUGACGCUGGCGAUAGCGUUGUGGUUCUGACCCGCGUCCGUGCUCUUGACGUCCCGGUCAACGUCGAUGGCACUGCCAUCAGCGCAGCCUCGACUGCUGACUUUGGCUCAGGCACGCUUGUUGCAAGCGAGUCGUUCGAUGUGGUGGCCCCACUCCUCACGUUCGACCUCGCUCAGUCGAUCACGACUGGUGACGCUGGCGACAAUGUGACCUUCACCGUCACGGUCGACCAUGCUGGUGCGUCGACGGCGGCGGCGUAUGCGCUCAACGCUACGUCACUGUUCAACAUCGAGUACGCCCUGUUCUCGGGCUCGGUCACCACCACCUCUGGUACUGUUGUAUCUGGCAACAAUGCCGGUGAUGCGUCGGUCCAUGUCCUCAUCCCGACGUUCGAUCUGGGGACUGGCCCUAUCACCAUCACGUACGUCGCGGCGCUGACAGACUUUGUCUCGCCGCAUCAGACGACGUGGCACGCAUCUGCGCUCGAGUAUGGCACCUCGCCGGAGGCUGCUGUUGCACGCACCCUUGCAACAGCCGACAAUGAGACGAUUGUUGUUGAUGACCCCUACGAGGCACGCAUGGCUACGCUUGCGACCUCUCUUCCGGGAUCUGGCCUUGCAGAGCACGUCGCCACGGCGUGGGACCUGUCCAUCGGCGAGACAGCCGACGUCAAUACGACCGUGGUGCUGUCUGAGGGCACGAUGCCACUCACGGUCUCGGUCGACUUUGGUCUUGCCGCUGGUCGCGUCGAGAUCGUCCACACCGAGGUUGCUGCGCUCGGGGCUUCGAUCUCAGGCUCGGCGCUCAGUCUGGGUGCAGCAGCCUCGGCAACCACAACCGACACGGCGACAUACGCGUUUGGCACCAUCACCAAUACCGGCGACAACGUCCUUGACGCUGGCGAUAGCGUUGUGGUUCUGACCCGCGUCCGUGCUCUUGACGUCCCGGUCAACGUCGACGGCACUGCCAUCAGCGCAGCUUCGACUGUUGACUUUGGCUCGUCGUCCCUCACUGCAAGCGAGUCGUUCGAUGUGGUGGCCCCACUCCUCACGUUCGACCUCGCUCAGUCGAUCACGACUGGUGACGCUGGCGACAAUGUGACCUUCACCGUCACGGUCGACCACGCUGGUGCGUCGACGGCGGCGGCGUAUGCGCUCAACGCUACGUCACUGUUCAACAUCGAGUACGCCCUGUUCUCGGGCUCGGUCACCACCACCUCUGGUACUGUUGUAUCUGGCAACAAUGCCGGUGAUGCGUCGGUCCAUGUCCUCAUCCCGACGUUCGAUCUGGGGACUGGCCCUAUCACCAUCACGUACGUCGCGGCGCUGACAGACUUUGUCUCGCCGCAUCAGACGACGUGGCACGCAUCUGCGCUCGAGUAUGGCACCUCGCCGGAGGCUGCUGUUGCACGCACCCUUGCAACAGCCGACAAUGAGACGAUUGUUGUUGAUGACCCCUACGAGGCACGCAUGGCUACGCUUGCGACCUCUCUUCCGGGAUCUGGCCUUGCAGAGCACGUCGCCACGGCGUGGGACCUGUCCAUCGGCGAGACAGCCGACGUCAAUACGACCGUGGUGCUGUCUGAGGGCACGAUGCCACUCACGGUCUCGGUCGACUUUGGUCUUGCCGCUGGUCGCGUCGAGAUCGUCCACACCGAGGUUGCUGCGCUCGGGGCUUCGAUCUCAGGCUCGGCGCUCAGUCUGGGUGCAGCAGCCUCGGCAACCACAACCGACACGGCGACAUACGCGUUUGGCACCAUCACCAAUACCGGCGACAACGUCCUUGACGCUGGCGAUAGCGUUGUGGUUCUGACCCGCGUCCGUGCUCUUGACGUCCCGGUCAACGUCGACGGCACUGCCAUCAGCGCAGCUUCGACUGUUGACUUUGGCUCGUCGUCCCUCACUGCAAGCGAGUCGUUCGAUGUGGUGGCCCCACUCCUCACGUUCGACCUCGCUCAGUCGAUCACGACUGGUGACGCUGGCGACAAUGUGACCUUCACCGUCACGGUCGACCACGCUGGUGCGUCGACGGCGGCGGCGUAUGCGCUCAACGCUACGUCACUGUUCAACAUCGAGUACGCCCUGUUCUCGGGCUCGGUCACCACCACCUCUGGUACUGUUGUAUCUGGCAACAAUGCCGGUGAUGCGUCGGUCCAUGUCCUCAUCCCGACGUUCGAUCUGGGGACUGGCCCUAUCACCAUCACGUACGUCGCGGCGCUGACAGACUUUGUCUCGCCGCAUCAGACGACGUGGCACGCAUCUGCGCUCGAGUAUGGCACCUCGCCGGAGGCUGCUGUUGCACGCACCCUUGCAACAGCCGACAAUGAGACGAUUGUCGUUGAUGACCCCUACGAGGCGCGUAUGGCUACGUUGUCGACAUCUCUCACCGAAACAGGACUUUCGCAGCACGGCAUGACCAACUGGGAUCUUGCUGUUGGCGAGACAGCCGACGUCAACACGACCGUGGUGCUGUCUGAGGGCACGAUGCCACUCACGGUCUCGGUCGACUUUGGUCUCGCUGCUGGUCGCGUCGAGAUCGUCCACACCGAGGUUGCUGCGCUCGGGGCUUCGAUCUCAGGCUCGGCGCUCAGUCUGGGUGCAGCAGCCUCGGCAACCACAACCGACACGGCGACAUACGCGUUUGGCACCAUCACCAAUACCGGCGACAACGUCCUUGACGCUGGCGAUAGCGUUGUGGUUCUGACCCGCGUCCGUGCUCUUGACGUCCCGGUCAACGUCGACGGCACUGCCAUCAGCGCAGCUUCGACUGUUGACUUUGGCUCGUCGUCCCUCACUGCAAGCGAGUCGUUCGAUGUGGUGGCCCCACUCCUCACGUUCGACCUCGCUCAGUCGAUCACGACUGGUGACGCUGGCGACAAUGUGACCUUCACCGUCACGGUCGACCAUGCUGGUGCGUCGACGGCGGCGGCGUAUGCGCUCAACGCUACGUCACUGUUCAACAUCGAGUACGCCCUGUUCUCGGGCUCGGUCACCACCACCUCUGGUACUGUUGUAUCUGGCAACAAUGCCGGUGAUGCGUCGGUCCAUGUCCUCAUCCCGACGUUCGAUCUGGGGACUGGCCCUAUCACCAUCACGUACGUCGCGGCGCUGACAGACUUUGUCUCGCCGCAUCAGACGACGUGGCACGCAUCUGCGCUCGAGUAUGGCACCUCGCCGGAGGCUGCUGUUGCACGCACCCUUGCAACAGCCGACAAUGAGACGAUUGUCGUUGAUGACCCCUACGAGGCGCGUAUGGCUACGUUGUCGACAUCUCUCACCGAGACAGGACUUUCGCAGCACGACAUGACCAACUGGGAUCUUGCUGUUGGCGAGACAGCCGACGUCAACACGACCGUGGUGCUGUCUGAGGGCACGAUGCCACUCACGGUCUCGGUCGACUUUGGUCUUGCCGCUGGUCGCGUCGAGAUCGUCCACACCGAGGUUGCUGCGCUCGGGGCUUCGAUCUCAGGCUCGGCGCUCACCUCGACUGUUGACUUUGGCUCAGGCACGCUUGUUGCAAGCGAGUCGUUCGAUGUGGUGGCCCCACUCCUCACGUUCGACCUCGCUCAGUCGAUCACGACUGGUGACGCUGGCGACAAUGUGACCUUCACCGUCACGGUCGACCAUGCUGGUGCGUCGACGGCGGCGGCGUAUGCGCUCAACGCUACGUCACUGUUCAACAUCGAGUACGCCCUGUUCUCGGGCUCGGUCACCACCACCUCUGGUACUGUUGUAUCUGGCAACAAUGCCGGUGAUGCGUCGGUCCAUGUCCUCAUCCCGACGUUCGAUCUGGGGACUGGCCCUAUCACCAUCACGUACGUCGCGGCGCUGACAGACUUUGUCUCGCCGCAUCAGACGACGUGGCACGCAUCUGCGCUCGAGUAUGACACCUCGCCGGAGGCUGCUGUUGCACGCACCCUUGCAGCAGCCGACAAUGAGACGAUUGUCGUUGAUGACCCCUACGAGGCGCGUAUGGCUACGUUGUCGACAUCUCUCACCGAGACAGGACUUUCGCAGCACGGCAUGAUCAACUGGGAUCUUGCUGUUGGCGAGACAGCCGACGUCAACACGACCGUGGUGCUGUCUGAGGGCACGAUGCCACUCACGGUCUCGGUCGACUUUGGUCUCGCUGCUGGUCGCGUCGAGAUCGUCCACACCGAGGUUGCUGCGCUCGGGGCUUCGAUCUCAGGCUCGGCGCUCAGUCUGGGUGCAGCAGCCUCGGCAACCACAACCGACACGGCGACAUACGCGUUUGGCACCAUCACCAAUACCGGCGACAACGUCCUUGACGCCGGUGACGUUGUAGUGGUUCUGACCCGCGUCCGUGCUCUUGACGUCCCGGUCAACGUCGAUGGCACUGCCAUCAGCGCAGCCUCGACUGUUGACUUUGGCUCAGGCACGCUUGUUGCAAGCGAGUCGUUCGAUGUGGUGGCCCCGCUCCUCACGUUCGACCUCGCUCAGUCGAUCACGACUGGUGACGCUGGCGACAAUGUGACCUUCACCGUCACGGUCGACCAUGCUGGCGCGUCGACGGCGGCGGCGUAUGCGCUCAAUGCUACGUCACUGUUCAACAUCGAGUACGCCCUGUUCUCGGGCUCGGUCACCACCACCUCUGGUACUGUUGUAUCUGGCAACAAUGCCGGUGAUGCGUCGGUCCAUGUCCUCAUCCCGACGUUCGAUCUGGGGACUGGCCCUAUCACCAUCACGUACGUCGCGGCGCUGACAGACUUUGUCUCGCCGCAUCAGACGACGUGGCACGCAUCUGCGCUCGAGUAUGGCACCUCGCCGGAGGCUGCUGUUGCACGCACCCUUGCAGCAGCCGACAAUGAGACGAUUGUUGUUGAUGACCCCUACGAGGCGCGUAUGGCUACGUUGUCGACAUCUCUCACCGAGACAGGACUUUCGCAGCACGGCAUGACCAACUGGGAUCUUGCUGUUGGCGAGACAGCCGACGUCAACACGACCGUGGUGCUGUCUGAGGGCACGAUGCCACUCACGGUCUCGGUCGACUUUGGUCUCGCUGCUGGUCGCGUCGAGAUCGUCCACACCGAGGUUGCUGCGCUCGGGGCUUCGAUCUCAGGCUCGGCGCUCAGUCUGGGUGCAGCAGCCUCGGCAACCACAACCGACACGGCGACGUACGCGUUUGGCACCAUCACCAAUACCGGCGACAACGUCCUUGACGCCGGUGACGUUGUAGUGGUUCUGACCCGCGUCCGUGCUCUUGACGUCCCGGUCAACGUCGAUGGCACUGCCAUCAGCGCAGCCUCGACUGUUGACUUUGGCUCAUGCACGCUUGUUGCAAGCGAGUCGUUCGAUGUGGUGGCCCCACCUCCUCACGUUCGACUCGCUCAGUCGAUCACGACUGCCGACAAUGAGACGAUUGUUGUUGAUGACCCCUACGAGGCACGCAUGGCUACGCUUGCGACCUCUCUUCCGGGAUCUGGCCUUGCAGAGCACGUCGCCACGGCGUGGGACCUGUCCAUCGGCGAGACAGCCGACGUCAAUACGACCGUGGUGCUGUCUGAGGGCACGAUGCCACUCACGGUCUCGGUCGACUUUGGUCUUGCCGCUGGUCGCGUCGAGAUCGUCCACACCGAGGUUGCUGCGCUCGGGGCUUCGAUCUCAGGCUCGGCGCUCAGUCUGGGUGCAGCAGCCUCGGCAACCACAACCGACACGGCGACAUACGCGUUUGGCACCAUCACCAAUACCGGCGACAACGUCCUUGACGCUGGCGAUAGCGUUGUGGUUCUGACCCGCGUCCGUGCUCUUGACGUCCCGGUCAACGUCGACGGCACUGCCAUCAGCGCAGCUUCGACUGUUGACUUUGGCUCGUCGUCCCUCACUGCAAGCGAGUCGUUCGAUGUGGUGGCCCCACUCCUCACGUUCGACCUCGCUCAGUCGAUCACGACUGGUGACGCUGGCGACAAUGUGACCUUCACCGUCACGGUCGACCAUGCUGGUGCGUCGACGGCGGCGGCGUAUGCGCUCAACGCUACGUCACUGUUCAACAUCGAGUACGCCCUGUUCUCGGGCUCGGUCACCACCACCUCUGGUACUGUUGUAUCUGGCAACAAUGCCGGUGAUGCGUCGGUCCAUGUCCUCAUCCCGACGUUCGAUCUGGGGACUGGCCCUAUCACCAUCACGUACGUCGCGGCGCUGACAGACUUUGUCUCGCCGCAUCAGACGACGUGGCACGCAUCUGCGCUCGAGUACGACACCUCGCCUGAGGCUGCUGUUGCACGCACCCUUGCAGCAGCCGACAAUGAGACGAUUGUCGUUGAUGACCCCUACGAGGCACGCAUGGCUACGCUUGCGACCUCCCUUCCGGAAUCUGGUACUGCCCAGUACGUUUCAACCAACUGGGAUCUUGCUGUUGGCGAGACGGCGGACAUCAACACAACUGUUGUUCUGUCCGAAGGCACUCUGCCCUUAACCGUUGACGUUACGGUAGACAUCGGAGCCCUCGUCGUCGAGACCGAGGUCAUGGUGGUCGGAUAUAGCUUGUCUGGCUCGUCGCUCUCUGCGGGUGACAUUGCCACAAGCUUUGGUGCCAGCUCGGCCACCUUUGACUUCGGAACCGUGAUCAACACGGGUGACAAUGUGGUCGACGAUGGGGACAUCGUUGUAAUGCGUAUUCGUGUACUCAUUGUUGAUAUAGUGGCGAUCACACCUGGUAGUAUGAUAUCCACUGUGGCAACUGCUAACUACGGCACUGGCCUUCUCGUUGCGCAAGAGACGUUCGAUAUGGUCCAGCCUGCGCUGCUUUACAACGUCGCUCAGGCGAUCACGACUGGUGACGCUGGCGACAAUGUGACCUUCACCAUUACGGUCGACCACGCUGGCGCGUCGACGGCGGCGGCGUAUGCGCUCAACGCUACGUCACUGUUCAACAUCGAGUACGCCCUGUUCUCGGGCUCGGUCACCACCACCUCUGGUACUGUUGUAUCUGGCAACAAUGCCGGUGAUGCGUCGGUCCAUGUCCUCAUCCCGACGUUCGAUCUGGGGACUGGCCCUAUCACCAUCACGUACGUCGCGGCGCUGACAGACUUUGUCUCGCCGCAUCAGACGACGUGGCACGCAUCUGCGCUCGAGUACGACACCUCGCCGGAGGCUGCUGUUGCACGCACCCUUGCAGCAGCCGACAAUGAGACGAUUGUCGUUGAUGACCCCUACGAGGCGCGUAUGGCUACGUUGUCGACAUCUCUCACCGAGACAGGACUUUCGCAGCACGACAUGACCAACUGGGAUCUUGCUGUUGGCGAGACAGCCGACGUCAACACGACCGUGGUGCUGUCUGAAGGCACAAUGCCACUCACAAUCUCGGUCGAUUUUGGUCUCGCUGCUGGUCGCGUCGAGAUCGUCCACACCGAGGUUGCUGCGCUCGGGGCUUCGAUCUCAGGCUCGGCGCUCAGUCUGGGUGCAGCAGCCUCGGCAACCACAACCGACACGGCGACGUACGCGUUUGGCACCAUCACCAAUACCGGCGACAACGUCCUUGAUGCUGGCGAUAGCGUUGUGGUUCUGACCCGCGUCCGUGCUCUUGACGUCCCGGUCAACGUCGACGGCACUGCCAUCAGCGCAGCCUCGACUGUUGACUUUGGCUCGUCGUCCCUCACUGCAAGCGAGUCGUUCGAUGUGGUGGCCCCGCUCCUCACGUUCGACCUCGCUCAGUCGAUCACGACUGGUGACGCUGGCGACAAUGUGACCUUCACCGUCACGGUCGACCAUGCUGGUGCGUCGACGGCGGCGGCGUAUGCGCUCAACGCUACGUCACUGUUCAACAUCGAGUACGCCCUGUUCUCGGGCUCGAUCACCACCACCUCUGGUACUGUUGUAUCUGGCAACAAUGCCGGUGAUGCGUCGGUCCAUGUCCUCAUCCCGACGUUCGAUCUGGGGACUGGCCCUAUCACCAUCACGUACGUCGCGGCGCUGACAGACUUUGUCUCGCCGCAUCAGACGACGUGGCACGCAUCUGCGCUCGAGUAUGGCACCUCGCCGGAGGCUGCUGUUGCACGCACCCUUGCAGCAGCCGACAAUGAGACGAUUGUUGUUGAUGACCCCUACGAGGCACGUAUGGCUACGCUUGCGACCUCCCUUCCGGAGUCUGGUACUGCAGAGCACGUCGCCACGGCGUGGGACCUGUCCAUCGGCGAGACAGCCGACGUCAAUACGACCGUGGUGCUGUCUGAGGGCACGAUGCCACUCACGGUCUCGGUCGACUUUGGUCUCGCUGCUGGUCGCGUCGAGAUCGUCCACACCGAGGUUGCUGCGCUCGGGGCUUCGAUCUCAGGCUCAGUGCUCAGUCUGGGUGCAGCAGCCUCGGCAACCACAACCGACACGGCGACGUACGCUUUUGGCACCAUCACCAAUACCGGCGACAACGUCCUUGGCGCCGGUGACGUUGUAGUGGUUCUGACCCGCGUCCGUGCUCUUGACGUCCCGGUCAACGUCGACGCCACCGUCAUCAGCGCAGCCUCGACUGUUGACUUUGGCUCGUCGUCCCUCACUGCAAGCGAGUCGUUCGAUGUGGUGGCCCCACUCCUCACGUUCGACCUCGCUCAGUCGAUCACGACUGGUGACGCUGGCGACAAUGUGACCUUCACCGUCACGGUCGACCAUGCUGGUGCGUCGACGGCGGCGGCGUAUGCGCUCAACGCUACGUCACUGUUCAACAUCGAGUACGCCCUGUUCUCGGGCUCGGUCACCACCACCUCUGGUACUGUUGUAUCUGGCAACAAUGCCGGUGAUGCGUCGGUCCAUGUCCUCAUCCCGACGUUCGAUCUGGGGACUGGCCCUAUCACCAUCACGUACGUCGCGGCGCUGACAGACUUUGUCUCGCCGCAUCAGACGACGUGGCACGCAUCUGCGCUCGAGUAUGGCACCUCGCCGGAGGCUGCUGUUGCACGCACCCUUGCAGCAGCCGACAAUGAGACGAUUGUUGUUGAUGACCCCUACGAGGCACGUAUGGCUACGCUUGCGACCUCUCUUCCGGGAUCUGGCCUUGCAGAGCACGUCGCCACGGCGUGGGACCUACAUGCCGCUGGUCGCGUCGAGAUCGUCCACACCGAGGUUACUGCGCUCGGGGCUUCGAUCUCAGGCUCAGUGCUCAGUCUGGGUGCAGCAGCCUCGGCAACCACAACCGACACGGCGACGUACGCGUUUGGCACCAUCACCAAUACCGGCGACAACGUCCUUGACGCCGGUGACGUUGUAGUGGUUCUGACCCGCGUCCGUGCUCUUGACGUCCCGGUCAACAUCGACGACACUGCCAUCAGCGCAGCCUCGACUGUUGACUUUGGCUCAGGCACGCUUGUUGCAAGCGAGUCGUUCGAUGUGGUGGCCCCACUCCUCACGUUCGACCUCGCUCAGUCGAUCACGACUGGUGACGCUGGCGACAAUGUAACCUUCACCAUCUCAGUCGACCAUGCAGAGAUUUCCACUGCCGCCUCCUACCUUGUCAACAUUUCUGUUGCGCUUCCGCCCACACAACUGGUUCUUGAUCCUCUUUCGGUUGUUGCCUCGACUGGUCUCGUCUCCCUCACGCCGACCUCUCUCCUGGUUUCCAUCCCCAGUUUCGCGCUGACCUUUGGUCGCCACACCAUUGUCUACACAGCAGUCAUUUCUGACGCCGCGACUCCGCUGCAGAACAUCACCCAUGUCGCCGUCCUCGACUACGCCUCAUCAGCGCGUGGCGACCGGCGCUAUACCGUCUCCGACGCCGUCUCCGUGAGCGUGGAUCCUCUCGCUGCAAAUGCUACCUUGGCAGUUGCUGCAACAUCGGUUGCUGAUGUUCGCGAACCGGUCCGGCUUGUGGGGGAGCGUGUCUUCUUCAACCUUACCGCCACGCUGCCGGAAGGCUCGAUGUCAUUCGCACUCGUCCUGAGCGCGUCGGACGCCGCGCCAUUGAUCUUUGUCGCUGCCUCGGUCUCACGCGUCGGCCACUCGUUGGCACCCACGUCUCUCCUUGCCAGUGGCGAUCUUCCCACCGCGGCUUCUGACCACGAUCUCCUCUUCGACUUUGGGGUAGUUACCAACAUCGGCGACAACGUUGUCAACGAUGAUGAUCGUGUCGUACUCGCCAUCGAAGCCUACGUUCCCGACAACAUUGCCGCUGCAAACUCUGGUGCAGGCUGGCUCAACGCAACUGCUCACUUUGGGUCUGUUGUGCGCUCGCUGCAGAACGACUUUGUUGUUGCUGACUCGCCUGCUGUCGACCUUCAUGUAGCAACCAACGUGACCGCAGGUGCCGAUGGUAACGAUGCGGUUGCGUUUACUGUCACUGUAGACAACAACCAUCCACUCGCUUCGGCGCCGCUUUUCGGCUUCAAUCUCUCCAUUCCUAUGGACGAUGGCCUGUUUGAGUACGUGCCAGGCACGUUCGCCUCAUCGCUGGCUGAUGUGGCCCUCGUUGCGCCAAGCCUGCCGAGUGUUCUUGUCUUUGCCACAUCGCACGACACCGCUCUUGCCUACGGCUCCUCUCUCAACAUCUCGUUUGUUCUUCGCCUCACUUCUUCGGUCACACCUCUUGCAAACAUCAGCCGCGAGCUCCGUGCUCUCUGGACAUCGGUCCCGCGCCUAGAUCACCCUGCGCACCGCACCCACUCUGCCACGGUCGUCUCGCCUAUUGUCCCCGUUGCGGCGCAUGGUCUCGCCUUCAACCUCUCGUCGUCAUCCUUUGCCGAGACAUGGCCUGACUCGACGCUUGCUAUUGGCGAGAACUUUGUCCUGACGGCUACCUUUGAUCUGGCCGAGUCGACCACUAACCUCACCUUUGUUGUUCAUGCUCCUUCCGGUGUGGCACUUCUCGGGGCCGCUGUUCGCUCCAUCGGCUCGGGCGUCUUUUCGCCCGUCCUUGUUCCAGGUUCGUCGCCGUCACAGCUCUCCGACUCGACUGCUGCCUUUGUCUUUGGCCACCUCGUCGUUGCCGGCGAUACCGCCGCGACGUCUAUCGUAAUCGAUAUUUUCGCUGCCGUCAAUGCUGACUCAGCUGUCUUGCUGCCGGGCGCCACGGUCGUGGGCGAGAUCCUUUCCGAGCAGCACGUUGCUGUCGCCCUCGAUCUGACAUUUGUUCAACCUCUGCUUGAGCUCUCGCCUCUGGCCUGCUCGCCUGCUGUCUAUGAUGCUGGUGAUGUCAUCACCUGCUCAGUCGACAUUGCCCAUGCCCUGGGCUCAUCCGCACCCGCAACCAACAUCACCCUCUACUCGCCCAGCAUCGACACCCUUGACUUUUCACCGCAUGGCGCCACUGCUCUUGAUCUUGCUCUUGAUCUUCCGCUCACUCUCGUCGAGGCUGUCCGCACUGUCGUCUUCUCUGCCACCGCCACCAUGGCCACCUCACCCGGCCUCAACGUCUCCAUUCCACUGGCGGCCAACUACUCGUCGGUGCCACUGCCCGCGCCCGCUGCCCGUAUCGCAGUCGCUGAUGCACCGGCCCACGUCCGCACCUUCUCGCUGGCGCCGCAACCAACGUGA